UUCUUGACAAUGGGUGGGGUGGUUGACGUGUUGGGUAGGAACUACUGGCCACGUAGGAACAAUUUAGUUGACAUCAGGAACUCUUGGGUGCUGGGGAUGAGGCAGUGAUCACCUAUUUUUUUUAACUAAGUCGACGCCGUGGAACAUCAUGAAGGUGAAAGAGGCAAAUGAGACUGCCAAUGUGGCCUGGUCACCAGCAGAUAUACACCCAGCUUAUUUGGCAUGUGGCACCACUGCUCAGCAGCUGGAUGCUAGUUUCAAUACAAGUUCAACUCUCAACAUUUAUGAUCUUAAUGUAGGGGAGACUAACUUGGAUAUGAAACUUGCAGCAUCUAUUGAAUCUCCAUCUAGGUUCCAUGCUCUACAGUGGAGUGGUUUGGGAACUGAACCUUCAGGCUUCAUAUAUGGAGGAUGUGAAAAUGGUGGCAUUUAUAUAUACAAUGCAGCAAAGGUCUUGGCCAAGGAAACAGAUAGCCUGGUUGGUACAACCGAGGGAAUGCAUUCUGGUCCGGUGUUUACUCUCAGUUGUAACUAUCUGAAGGCUAAUUGUGUGGCUUGUGGCUCCUCAGAUUCUGAAGUAACAGUUUGGGAUAUCACCAAUCUCAGUGCUCCCAUCAUACCUGGGAAAAAGUUAUCUCUUGGUGCAGAUGUAUCCUGUGUUGAGUUUAAUAGGCAAGUAGAACACAUCUUUGCAUCUACUUGUGCUGGGCAUUGUGUGGUGUGGGACCUAAGGAAACACUCUUCCAUCAUGACCAUCUCUGACACUGUUUCAAGGAUGAAAGCAAGCAACGUCAUAUGGAACCCUAAUGUGGCAACUCAAUUGCUGUUAGCCAGUGACAAUGACCUCACUCCAUGGGCUCAGGUUUGGGACCUACGAUAUGCUACUUCUCCCCUCAAGACCUUAGAGGGACACCAGCGUGGCAUUCUGAAAACUGCUUGGUGUUCCCACGAUGGAAAUUUAUUAAUUACUACAGCAAAGGAUAACAAAAUUUAUGUGUGGAACCCAAAUGCAGCUGAGCGGGGUACUGAAAUUGUUGGAGAGUUUCCCUCUUAUAAUCAGUGGAGCUUUGACAUGGACUGGGGUCAACGAGAUCCCUCUUUGGUUGCCAUGUCAUCAGUGGAUGGCUGUGUUAGCGUAUACUCCUUGUUAGGUGGUGGUCUGCCUCCUGCUCAAGCAGAUAAAUUUUCACAGAUAGCAGACUCCUUCCCAGGCAUGGAUAUACCUGCAGUUGUUCCUCAGGGAGCCACACCUCAACCCAUUAGGCUGAAAAAUCCUCCAAAAUGGUUUGCUCGGACAGCUGGAGCUAGCUUUGCAUUUGGAGGGCGCCUAGUGACAUGGAACAAUCAGAAUAGGAGCCUGGAAAUUGCACAAGUUGUCACUGAAGAAGCACUAGUUCAACGCAGCAGUCAGCUGGAAGCUGCACUCUCCCAGCCUCAGUUUGGUCCAUUUUGUCAAACCAAAGCAGAAGCAGCUACUAAACCCAGUGACCAGAUACUGUGGCAGUAUAUUGGUGCCAACUUUGAAUCCUAUCCACGUGCUAAGUAUAUGGAGCUUUUGGGCUACGCCAGCACUCAAGUAUCAAGCAAGCUUCAUCCUUUGGUUCCUGAAACUGAAGGCGUUAGUGCUUUGUCACCUGGAACUGAAGGAGUUAGUGCUGAAGUUUUGGCUGACAAGAUGUCAAACUUAGCUACAAAUGAGGGCAGUUCCAGUUCCCUUGACCCUAGUGAGCAGUUUGAGAUGAUUGCUUCUGGACAUUCAUUUGAUAAAACUCCAGAAACUGAGGUGGCCGAACCAGAGGCAGAAACAAAUUUACGGGUGGUACAUCUUGAGGUUCAGAAGACCGAGGAAAAUAACCAUGGCCUGAUAACUCAAGCCCUCUUAGUGGGGGAUCUGGAGUCUGCUGUUGAAUUAUGCAUCAAAGACAAAAUAUAUCCACAUGCACUGACUCUAGCAGCUCAUGCUGGACCAGAAAUGUUUGCUAAGACUCGCAAUACUGUACUGGCCCAGGUGGAUGGAAGUUUAGCAUCUUUGGUGGGUGCAAUUGUACGUGGAGAUCUAACAUCCAUCACUACUACCUGUAACCUUAGUAGAUGGAAAGAAGCAUUAGUUGCAGCUUUGACGUAUUCCAACGAUGAGCAGUUCCCAGCUCUUGUUGAGAGUCUGGGAGAACGCCUUGAAGCUAAGGGAGACCCAGAAACUUUGCUUUCUGCCAUGAUCUGUUAUGUCUGUGCUGGAAGUCUGGAGAAAUUUGUUUCAUGCUGGGUCAAGACUCGACCUGAGACAAAUAAACCAUCUGAUUUACAGGACCUAGUGGAGGUUAUCAUGGGGUUGCAGCGAUCACUGGCAGCUGCUGGCCGCCCCACUAACCUUAGUGAGGGAAAUACUGUGAGCUCCCUCCUCUGUCAGUAUGCUUCUCUAUUAGCUGCCCAGGGUGCACUUCAUACUGCAGUCUCAUAUUUGAAUUCGGCUUCUAAGGGCGAAAUGGUUGAACUGCGAGAUAGAUUGUACCGGGCACUGGGUUAUGCUACUGGGAGCAGCAUUCAAAAGAGUGCACAGAUUCAGAGCUGUGCAACACCUCAGACACCUAACAUGAGACGGACUUCUACUCCCCAUAGCUAUGCUCAGCCACAGUCAGUUAAGAUCCAGCAGUCUUCUGCUGAGUUGAAUUUGUUGCCAUGUCAAUUCACACCUUCAGUGCAAGAUCAACAGCGAUCAAUUUAUGGGGAUCAAAUCUCUUCCCAGCCUGCUGCCAUACCACCAUCACCUGCUUUCUACAACCCAGGGACUCCAGCACCAUUAGCUCCUCAGGCACCUGUCAUGAUGAUGCCACAGUAUGGGGUACCACCCAUGGGAGCAAUGCAGCCAAUGGCUUCUGCACCACCAGCGGGUCCUCCACCUACUGGACCUGUAUCAUCUGGAGGUUUCCGACGUGGAGGUUCUAGCCGAUAUGUUCAAGAGAGUGCACAUGCUCCACCGCCUGCUAAUAUGCUUAACCCAGCCCUGCCUCCUCAACCUUCUCCUUUCUUACCUCCAACUGCUGGAAUAAAUCCAGUGCCUCUUAAUCCAUCCCAACCAGCUGUGCCAACACAAACAGCACCUCAGUUCUUCAGUCCAGCAGCAACCCCGGGAGUAAACCCAAUAUAUGGAGAACAACAACAACCCGCACCUCCACAGCCAGCACUGAAAACACCAGCAGCCUUUGAUUCUAGUGUGCCACGUGGUUGGAAUGAUCCUCCUCCUCUGUCAUCUUCACGUAAGGAGUGGCAGCAGUUUGGUGGAGAGCCUAAGUACCAUGGAGGCCACUCCGGAGACAAGAAGUUACUGAUGCUGAAGCAGGCUAAACAGCAACAGCAACAACAGCUGAAUGAGGCUCCCAAAGUACCCGAGCCAAUCAUGUGUCCUGUACCAGGAAGUAUUGCACCUGAACCACCACAGCAGUUUAUGGGAUUCCAACAGCCACAGUAUGGAGCUGAAGCACAUGGUGCUGCGACUGCUGCACCUGUGGCUGCUGCCUCAACCCCCGAGCCUGCUAACAAAGGGCCACUCCCAUCUGAGCAUCAAGUUAUUCAAGAUGUAAUUAACGAUGUCCGGAAUCGUUGUUUGCUUGUCGUUCAAAACCAGCAAGUAAAACAACGUCUUGAGGAUAUUGGUACUAAAAUGGAGACUUUGUAUGACAAACUGCGGGCUGGACAGCUUGGUCCAGUUACAAUAUCUGGAGUUCAUCGAAUUGUCAGUGCAGUACAGACUGGUGAUUACCGUGGUGCACUGAGCAUUCAUGCCGAGACAAUAGCGAAAGGAAGUUUCUCAGAGCUUUCAUCUUUUAUGCCUCCUCUCAAACUACUUUUGCAGUAUUGUAUGCAGCUACAAGUUUUUCUUUAGUUAUAAUGUUUAUGUAUAUAAUUAAGGAAUAUUAUAGGCUGUAGGGAAUUGAUUUUUUGGAAAACAAAAAAGUAGUAAUUUUUUUGUGUGAAGGGACAGCAUGUGUAAGUUGUAUUAACUUGCAUUGUAAUGAUAAUGUAGUAUAUAUGAAAAUCUUAUUAACUGUUAAUACUGUACAGUAUCUGUGAAAUUACUAUUUGAUGAAAUACUGGUAGAGGUAAUCAUGACUUAGAGCAAUUUAAUGAUUUUGUUCAAAGUCAGAUCCAUAACAAGGAUCUAUUAGCACCUAAGACAGCAUUGUACAGUAUUAGAUAUAUAUGGCCGUUAUCCCAGAUCAUGGUAAGAACCAAAUGUUGGUAUGGUAAUCCUGGUAAGGUUACACUUCAUAAGGCUGUUAACCUACUACAGCUAUAGCAUUCUUUAAUAUUUUUUAUGAGCAAAGUUAAGUUAAUUUGAUAUUAUACCUUCAUAGAAUGAAGAUACAAAAAAUAUGUUACAAUACAUCUAGCAUUAUGUUAUUCUUAACACCCAUAGUAUACUUUAAUUAAACUUAUUUAUAAACAUUUAUUCUGCCUUCAGUUCAGAGUAAAAUUGUCCUGUACUGUAUUUUCCUUUAAGAAAUGCUUUAAUCUUUUUUUCCCAUUUAUUACAGAUGUAAAAUUUUUAAACAAUUGCAACUGAAUCAGAAAAGUACAGUAAUUAAUUUAGUGAUAUAAUAUAUAGAGCUAAAACACUAUUGGUUAGAAUCAGACACUUGUGCCAUUUUACCAGCAAUUAGAUAUGUUUUGGUGUAACUUCAUAACUUUAAUUAUACUUGUAUUACUUUUCUGCACUAAAGGUGGCACUACAUUUGGAAUAAAGUUGUAAUACAUA